AUGGGUGAAGAACCCAUUUGUGUUGAAGAAGUAACUCCAAAGAAGAAGCGUGCUAGUAUUGAAAAGCCCAUUGUUGUUGAAGAUGCUCCGAAAAUUGAUGAUGCUUCAAAAAGCGAGGAAGCGGUAGACGAGGUACCAAGGGCUUCACCGCCCGUUAUGAAGCCUCUUCCUCUAUUUCCUCAACGAUUCACAAAGAAAGCAGAUGAUGGAAAAUUUCUCAAAUUUAUAGAGAGGUUAAAAGGGCUUUCAAUUAACAUUCCCUUGGUGGAAGCACUUGAACAAAUGCCCGGUUAUACAAAAUUCAUGAAAGAUCUUGUGACCAAGAGGAGGCAUACUAGUUUUGAAACAAUGGGAGUUACACAUCAUUGUAGCUCUAUUGUGACAAAAGCUUUGGUUCAAAAGAAGAAAGAUCCGGGAGCUUUCACCAUCCCUUGCACAGUUGGAUUGUAUAAAUUUGGCAAAGCACUAUAUGACCUUGGAGCAAGCAUUAACUUGAUGCCGCUUGCUAUUUUCAACAAAUUGGGGUUAGGCACUCCCCGACCCAAAACAAUGAGAUUACUAAUGGCGGAUAAAGCCGUGAAGAGACCGGUACCCAUAAUCUUGGGGAGACCUUUCUUGGCCACGGGGCGUGCUCUUGUGGAUGUGGAGAGGGGUGACCUAAAAUUUAGGAUGAAUGAUGAAGAAGUCACUUUCCAUAUUUGCAAGUUAAUGAAACAACCGGCGUAUAUGAAUGUUGUGUCGGUUAUUGAUACGAUAGAUGAAGCCAUGGAUGCAACCGUUGAGCAUGAGCAUGUGGGUGAUAUCUCGGCAGCGGUGAUAAUGAAAUAUGAGGGGGAAGAUGAUGAAGAGUUUGAGAAGACGGUUAAUACAUUGAUUGGGUUGGGGUCAUACUAUUACAAUCCAAAGAAGCUUGAUCUUGACUUAGAUCACCGUGCUACUCCUCCUGCAAAGCCUUCCAUUAUUGAGCCUCCUACCUUGGAACUCAAACCUAUUCCUUCACACUUGAGGUAUGGAUUCUUUGGUCCUAACAACACAUUACCCGUGAUUAUUUCCGCCCGGUUGACGAAUGAACAACGAGAAAGGUUGCUAGUGAUUUUGAGAAGAUAUAAAAAGCUAUUGGUUGGUGUAUUGCGGAUAUCCAAGGGAUCUCGCCCGGUAUUCGUACUUAUAAAAUUCAACUUGAUGAAGAAUGUGAGCCAAGUGUUGAACAUCAAAGAAGGUUGA